UGAAAGCAACACAAAUCAUGGAACUGUCAAUGUGAGGCAUUCCUUUUUUAUAGAUAAAUGUUAACACAUUUGUAGUUGUGUAAUUUUAAAAUUAUUUUAUUCAAUAGUAACCGGUAUUUCAGGUCUUCUUAAAGUUCGAUUUAGAUAAGAAUAUUAUAACAUGCAUCAUAUAAAAUUAAAAAAUAUUAUUUCAGUGCUUCAAACAGAACAGACUGCUUGGUAAUAAGGGAUAGGAUAAGGUUGCUUGCCCCAAUUACUUCUUGUGAGAAGGUCUUGUGUAUUGGCAUGAACUAUAGAGACCAUUGUAAGGAACUAAAUUUUCCUAUUCCAAGAGAACCUGUGGUGUUCAACAAGUUCCCAAGCUGUGUCAUUGGGCCAGACGAUUCUUUGAAAUACCCUGGAUACACAGAGGCUCUUGACUGGGAAGCGGAACUUGCAAUAGUAAUUGGCAAAACGGCAAAAUAUAUCCAGGUAAAAGACGCUAUGGAAUAUGUAUUUGGCUUUACCGUUGCAAAUGACGUCACUGCACGUGACUGGAUGAAGAAAAAUGGCGGACAGGCGGUUCUUGGAAAAGCAAGAGACCAGUUUUGCCCUCUUGGACCAUCAAUACUUACAAAAGACGAAAUUAAUGAUCCUCACAAUCUCCGGAUCUCCUGUAAGGUUAAUGGGAACCUCAAACAAGACAGCAAUACGAACCAACUUAUACAUAAAACUGAACAAAUCAUUGCUUAUAUUUCUAGGUUUAUAACGCUGAAACCGGGAGAUUUGAUUUUAACUGGCUCCCCACCAGGUGUUGGUUAUUGCAGAACACCACCAGAAUCGCUCAAGAUUGGGGAUGUUGUCGAAGUUGCUAUUGAACAUAUCGGAACCAUUACCACAAAAAUUAUUUGAGUUUGUUUUUGGGAAUGGUUAUAAUUUCAAUAAAACUGGUGAAUAUCACA